UCCGGCUCCGAUCUCUGCCCCGGGCUCUCCAAGUGGAAUUCUUUCGGGGGAUCGACCGGCGCAAACCUCGGCGUGCGCGCGUGUGUGCGCGGGGGACCCGCCCUCGCCCCGCAGGCCCCGCCGCGUCCCCGCGCGGCGCGCAGCGCGGCAUGGCCGUGUCCCGGAGGAGCUGGCUGGCCAACGAGGGCGCGAAGCACCUCUGCCUGCUCAUUUGGCUCUCCCUGAAUGCCCUACUUUUUUGGAAAACCUUCCUGCUGUACAAUCAAGGGCCAGAGUAUCACUACCUCCACCAGAUGUUGGGCCUAGGAUUGUGUCUAAGCAGAGCCUCUGCAGCUGUCCUUAACCUCAACUGCAGCCUUAUCCUUUUACCCAUGUGCCGAACACUUCUGGCGUUUCUUCGAGGAUCUCAGAAGGUUCCAAGCAGGAGAACAAGAAGAUUGCUGGAUAAAAGCCGAGCAUUCCAUAUGACCUGCGGUGUUACUAUCUGUAUUUUCUCAGGGGUGCACGUAGCUGCCCAUCUGGUGAACGCGCUCAGGUUCUCCGUGAACUACAGCGAUGAUUUUGUGGAACUGAACGCAGCGAGAUACCGACACGAGGAUCCUAGAAAACUUCUUUUCACAACCGUGCCCGGCCUGACAGGAGUCUGCUUGGUAGUGGUGCUAUUCCUAAUGACUACAGCCUCCACAUACGCAAUAAGAGUUUCCAAUUAUGAUAUCUUCUGGUAUACUCAUAACCUCUUCUUUGUCUUCUACAUGCUGCUGAUGUUGCAUGUUUCCGGAGGGCUGCUGAAGUAUCAAACCAAUUUAGAUACUCACCCUCCCGGCUGCGUCUUUCUUAACCAAACCCGCUCUCAGGAUGUUUCCGUACCAGAGCUUCUCUCAGAACACUUUCACGAACCUUUCCCUGGAGGAUUUCCAAACCCAGAGAAGCUUAACCAAAGCACGUUUGUGAAGAUUUGUGUGGAAGAACCCAGAUUUCAAGCUAAUUUUCCACAGACUUGGCUUUGGAUUUCUGGACCUUUGUGCCUGUACUGUGCCGAAAGACUUUACAGGUGCAUCCGGGGCAAUAAGCCAGUCACCAUCAUCUCAGUCAUUAGUCAUCCAGCAGAUGUCAUGGAAAUCCGAAUGGUCAAAGAAAACUUUAAAGCAAGACCUGGCCAGUACAUUAUUCUACAUUGUCCCAGUGUAUCUGCAUUGGAAAACCAUCCAUUCACCCUCACAAUGUGUCCUUCUGAAACCAAAGCAACAUUUGGGGUCCAUCUUAAAAUAGUAGGAGACUGGACAGAACGAUUCCGAGAUAUGCUGUUGCCUCCAUCUAGUCAAGACUCUGAGAUUCUGCCCUUCAUUCAAUCUAGAAAUUAUCCCAAGCUAUACAUCGAUGGCCCAUUUGGAAGUCCAUUUGAGGAAUCACUCAACUACGAGAUCAGCCUCUGUGUGGCCGGAGGCAUUGGAGUAACUCCAUUUGCAUCCAUACUUAACACCCUGCUAGAUGACUGGAAACCAUACAAGCUUAGAAGACUGUACUUUAUUUGGGUGUGUAGAGACAUCCAAUCCUUCCAUUGGUUUGCAGACUUACUCUGUAUGUUGUAUAACAAGUUUUGGCAAGAGAACAGACCUGACUAUGUCAAUAUCCAGCUGUACCUUAGUCAAACAGAUGGGAUACAGAACAUAAUUGGAGAAAAAUACCAUGCAUUGAAUUCAAGACUCUAUAUUGGACGUCCUCAAUGGAGACUUCUUUUUGAUGAAAUAGCAAAAUGUAACAGAGGGAAAACAGUUGGUGUUUUCUGCUGUGGACCAAAUUCAAUUUCCAAGACUCUUCAUAAACUGAGUAACCAGAGCAACUCAUAUGGGACAAAAUUUGAAUACAAUAAAGAAUCUUUCAGCUGAAAACUUCUGAGUUGAACCAACACAUUAAAGAAAGAAUGAGUGCUGUUUUUAAGACUUGAACUCAACUGAAUCAAACACUUGUUUUGUGCCAAAGAAUAGAAAGGUUUUCUUAUUUAUGAUUAUUUAAAUUGAAAAUGCAGAGAAUGUGGUAAGAUGACAGGUCACAUUACAUGUUUAAUCUAGAACCAAAGAGGCCCCAAAGAGUAUUUGAUGUGUUGAUUCAGUUCUUGAUGAUCAAAUUAAAAGACCAUAAUUAGAUACACACUGUUGAUUUUUAUGGUAGAUUCAACAUUCCCUAGUGAGGAGUCAACUAGCUUACUCUGAAGAUGAUAGCUGUCGUCCUCUCUAAAUUGUUUUUGGUUGAACAAAUACAAGAUUGAACAAAAUUAAAUAUUCUUUGAAUAUCAGAUUAUAUUUUCAACAUUGUAUAUGAGCAUAGUAGCUUUAAUUUUGAAAUGCUGCAGGAAAAUAUAUUCAAUGUUUGAAAAUGCAGUACACAGCUCUGUAUUGAUACGGGUACUUGUGCUGAUAUCUAACUUCCUCACUACUGAUACUAAUACCUCCACUUGAGAUCUAUGGUUGAAUCUUCUGUAGAUAUUGAUAUAGUAUGUGCUUUUAUAUUUUUCUUUCUUUCCUCUCUUUAGGGAAACCUGCCUUCCCUUAGCAUGAGUCAGACAGACACAAUGAUUUAAUAAGUCUUUUUUAUCUCCAAUUUACAUAACCUAUUAUUAUAACAUAGUAAUUAAAAUAUCAUUACUAUAAAUUAUAAAGUGUUACAUAUAUGUCAUUUAUAAAUAAGUAAUUGGCAUGUAUAUGCUAAUGACUUACUUACUUUUUUAGCAUAUUGGCUUCAGUUUUUCAUGUUUUUCCCCCAAGAUAUAAUUUGUCUUAGUUUUGAAGCACUUGAAGUGUUCCUUAUAAUUUGCACUUUUAGACCAAAGAGCAGCAUAUCUGUGACCAGGCACUGAAGUACAAGCUCUCCUCUGGGUCACACAGGGAUUUAUUGUGGAGACACUGAAAGUACAGUCAUGUUCCUGAAUAGGCAACUGCUACUUUAUUUUCAACAAACACAGAAAUACUUUAUUGAUUGUUCAAAUUAAUCUUAGAAUAAGUCAUGUUUCUGUAGCACUAUCUGGUAUCUUGGAACAUUACUCGGCUUAAUGUUAUCACUGGGACUAUGCUGUGUGAUUCUGUGAUGUUAGGGUCCUUGACUACUAUAGUCUUUGUUCAGAGGAAAAAGCAAGUCCAUUUUUCUACCUUAAAAAUUAAGGCAUUUAUUCAAUUUAUUGAUUGAUUUUGUUUAGUAUACACCUAUGAAUUGCAAUCAAAUAUAACAUAUUGCUGAAAUCAGCAGUCUGAUUUGCCUUGCCUUUGUUAAACUCUUGCGUACAACGUGGCAUGAUAAGUGCUACUGUCAUUCUCUGUUUAACUCACCAGUAGCAAUCAAGCAUGCUGAACCAUCUAGCUUUGACUGGCCAUACCAUAUUUGUUUGCCGAUAUUUCUUCUUUUCCUUGGAGUUCUUUCUUUUCCCUUCUGUUGAAAGAAAGUCAGAAAAAAAUGAUGGGAACUGUGCAGUGCUCUGGCAGAUUUAGCCAGUGCACCUUGGUUAUACUUUCUAGUUGAAAAAGAAUUUUCUUGAAGGCAGCAUAGCAGAAAUAACUAGUGAAAAGAAAUUUAAAUUAUUCUAGCUUGAUGUGCAAUACUGACAUUUUAGUAAUAAUAUGUUAUUUAAGUAAUUAUAUUAAAGCAUCUAAUCUCAGUAAGACAAGUUUUCUGAAAGAAAGCUGGUAUUUCCGAGUAGGUCUGCCAUGCUAGAUGAACAUCCUUUCCCAUUCUACAUUCCAGUAGAGAUUCAAAUGUAAAGUGUUAAACUUAGUUAAUUUUUGUUGCUAUGGAUGGGAAUGAAAUUAAAUCUUCAUCACACACAUGUUAGAGAACUUUGCAUUGUUUUGAGGGAUUUCAUGGGAAUAAUUCUUGUCUUAAAAGUCUAAGUGACUCAUUUUAGUGGCAAUAAAUAUUAAAAUUGAAAUGGUGUCUGUAAACUUCUUAGAAACUCACUUUGCCUUCGCAACAAAUAAAGCAGCAGCAUCUGUUCACGAGAGAGUGCAAGCUUAAGAAACACAAUCUAUUUGUCUGGAAUUAGCAUUCAAAUAAACAUUAGCAUGAUAAAUUCAGGAAUUUGGGUUCUGGUGCUAUUAAUGUCAUGGGCUCAUUGUGUGACUCUGCCAAAUGAAUUCUAAUGCUAAGGUUAAGAUUUCUUAUUUGGACGUUACCUUUUUUGCAUAGUGUGUCUUUUUAAGAACCAUCAACUUGCAUAGGAUGAAACACAACACAUUACUUAUGAGUUUGUGGGGUCCACAGACAGUCAUUAGAACCUCUGGGGAAAAUGACUAUCACUAUCAUCAUUUUAACCCAUCCAUUUCUUUUCUUUUGUAAGAAAAUACCAAAUUUUUAUAUUAUUAUACUAACAAAUUCAUUUUGUGGACAAACAAGUCUCUUUGUCUGUCCCCAGACAAAGAAUUCAGUAUCUUUCAUUAGCUUUUGGUCUUCUUGGAUCUCCUUAUUUAUGCAGGGAGGACUGUGAUUUUACACAUAAAUAAUACUAAAAGACCUUACAUUAUUACACAUAUGUAGGUAAAUAAACAUGUAAUACAUAGUUACACAUAUUUGGAAUUAAGUUUGCUUUUUAAGAAUAGUUUCACACAAAAAUGAAAUGCUUGGUAAUUCUCAUCUAGUGCCUUGAAAAUGUCAGCUGAGUGAUUGUAUUAGUAUAGACAUUUAAAAGUAGGAAUAAAAGCAAUGUAGACAAGGCAUAGGCUAACGUGAUUUAAUUUAUAUAACCAUGUUAUUUAUAAUUUCCCAUAUCAAUCUUUAUUUUGAGUACUUACAGAAGGCGAUGGAUUUAAAUUAUGAUACUCUUCAAGAGGUUUGUUACAGAAUGAAAGAACUUUUGUCAUCUAUAGAUAAUGCAGGUUCUGAAGAGUAAUCUUUAUGUUAAAAGGAGAUACUUUUAACAAAAAGAUUUUUUUAGAUUUUUUUUUUAAGGAUGACUAUACCAGCUGCCCAGUGAUUUUUCUUAACAAACCAAUGGGACAAAUCAUUAAAUUGAUGCUUAUGACAGUUUCUUUUUGCUAUGCUAGCUAGAGGAGUUCCAAAUUCAUUUACAUUACAGAAAUAUAAAAUGCUGAGGUUAGGAGUAUUGUUCUGCAGAGGAAGCUGAUGUCCAAAGAGAGACAGGAACUUGUUUUAAGACAUCUGUCAGGUUUGUAGUAUAGCUAAGACUAGUGCUCAAUGGUUCUCAUCUGUGCUAUUGAAGGACUGUUUCCCCUUCCCCUUGAACUAUAUGUUUAAUAAAUUAUCUAGUCUUGUUAGUUGGUAUCUCUCUGUAAACAAUCCCUAUUUAAUAUUGGGAGGAAGUAAGAUGAUUAAUUUCAGGUGCAGAUGCAGAAAAUUACAUUCUUCCUAAUCUGUCUUCUGAUUCUAAAUUUAUUAGUCUUGUAUUUUGCCUUUUAGAACCUACUUUCAGCUACCGCUUUUAAAUUUAACAAUUUUGCUAUCAAUAUUAGAUUCUCCAGAGCUUUGCACUGGAAAAAUAUAUAGUCGUAAAGUUUCUAGGAAAUGUUAAAUCUAUAGUUUUAACCUAAGUUCAUAGAUGAAAGUUGUAACUUUGCCAGCUUUUAAACUACCGACUAAAAAGGUGGUUCUUUUUUGCAGUACCGGGAAUUGAACUCAUCACCUUGCACUUGCCAAGCAGGCACUUAUGCCACUGAGCUAUAUCCCUACCCCCCAACUGAGAAGUUUAUGCUAACAAAUAAGUAGUUAUAUUUACCUGUUCACGUGACUAUUGCUUGUUUCUUGUCCAGGAGAAAAGAGCAUUUUUAAAACUAGUGAGACAGGAAAUAAUGAAAUCAAGUGUAAUGAGACUGGCCUUUCAUUCCAUCCACCACAGAGCAGUAAGAACACUGUUUCCCUCUGUAGGAGCGUACCAUUCAUUGCCCCAACUUCUUUAUUUUAUUCCAUGCUAUUUUCAAAGGCCAGAGGUGCAAAAGGAAGGCAAAGUUUUCCAGAACAAAGAAGCAGACAUUUUCCAAUAUAUAGGAGAAUCCAUUAAAAGAGAAAAGAGUUAUAUUAUUUACCAGAAGUUAAAUAGUAUUUCUUUAGAAUAGAUAGCAGUAUCUUAAAAACGGGGCUAGGCAGCAUAUUUAAGAGCUGGUAAGUGUAAUAAAAUUUUCAGAGAAGCAAGGUAAUAAAGAGAAAAGAAUCAAAGAAAAAUUAUUCAAUGUAGCAGGACAUACUUACACUUUUCUUUUUUGUGUUGUAAUAUAUUGUAUUGUAACAUGUUUAUUUUUGGAGAAUGGCAGGUCAUAUUGAUGCCUAAGCAGAUAAUCAUGCCUUGUUUUAGUUUUAUUUAUCAGUGAAGUGAAACAUUCACCAGGUUUGUACCUGAACUAACAAAAUCUAUGACAAGACAUAAAAUUGCAUAUAAUCCCUCACUGAGCAUUUUCACUUGUUUUUAUUUUUGUUUUUAAUAUCCUCAAAGAGGCUCAGAUGUGGUAAAACUGUGGUCAUUUGAGAAAUAAAAGAUUGUGGUGCUUUGUUUCCUUUUACAAAGUCUUUCACAUUUUCAUUAGUACUGGAAUUUAAAAGCUUUACUUUGGUCAGAAUCAUCAGGCUUCUUUAAGAAACACAGCUUUGAUGAGCUGCUGUUUGACCUAGAGAAGACCUGAUGUUAAAUGGAGACAAGCACUAGUAAAUACUUUAAUAGAGAUAGCAAUAAAGAAGAGGGCAUCGUGCAUUGCUUCUGUCGCAUAUACUGUUCAUUAAAAUUUUGUCUUUGCAAGGUCAUACUUCACAGCUAUUCUUCCACUCAGGGAACAGAAACCUUCUUAAUAAUGCAGGCAUUAAGAAACAAAUUCGCUCUGUUCUAUCAUAAUGAUGUGUCUGUUCACGUAUAACAGCACAUUCAUUUCAACCUUGUUACCAAUUUGGUAUGAUUAUGUAAUCUAUUUCAGUGGUGAGAAAUCUGUGCAGCACACAAGAUGGGGCCUUUGCUUACCUGCUGAAAAAUACAUUGCAGCCAACAUCGGCUAAGAAGAAAGCAGUGGAAUCUGUUUUCCUCCCCAGUUGUCUUAGAGGAAUGUAAAAUGCUGCACGUAUGUUGGAAUGUGACCGAUGCUAUGUUCUUCAGUACGUGGUUAGAGGUGCGGCCCAUUUGUCCUCCAGGUUCCUGGGGUUUUCUGCUUUAGAGAAUUACCCGUUUCUCAGUCUGCUUGGCAUGUCUAGACUCAGGGGUGCAUGUGCCCCAGAUGCUACUGUACCUUUAUUUAAACAUGAGGAUGAUCUGCUUAUCAGAUGGCAUUCACAAGAAAUUGUCUUCACUAGAUUUUAUUCCCUACUUUUUAGAAUUUAUUUUAAAACCAGUGGCGCAGACUGUAGAAAUUGCUUUAUAAAGUUCAAAUAAUUGACUGCAGUGCUGUUUCACUCUGAAAAUUGGCCAGUGUUGCUAGCAUUUUAGUCAACCCUCCCCAGUGGUUUUUGAGGUAAGUAGCACCCUAGGUGAGGACUCAGGACAUGUGGAGCCUCCAUCCUUGAAAUAUACUGUAGCACUUAUUUAAAAAUACAAAUCAUAUCCACCUCUGGCUUAUUUCUAGGGAUGUAGUGCAGAAGAGUACAGAGGAAGGAACAGAAAGGCUGUGACGAGAGUGAGAUCCUGGGCAAACUUCUGUAGUCAUUUCUUAUUAGCAGUAGAAUAAAGGGCUGUUUUAAGAAAAGAAGACAAGUAUGUUUUUUUUUUUUUCUGUUGUACCUGCAGAUUUACUAUUUACUUUUGUUUUCUGGGCAAGCUGAGAAGUACCUAUGGGCAAAGCAGCAUCACUGUCUUUUUCUGAGAGCUCCCAUAAACAAAGCUGCCUCUUCCCUUUGGUUUAGUACAUGCCUUCUGAAUUCCUCUUAGCUAAUUUUACUUCAGCCCAGUUUUGCUGGAGAUAGUUGUGUUGACUUAUGAAUAUUGAAUUAGUAAUUGUUGGAGGAUGAUAUAAGUUACCUUGCCCAUUUAAGAUACGAUGUAGGAAAAGUACCUGUUUAUGAGACAUUUCACUGAAUUAAAACUAAUUGUAAUAUCUUGGAAAUAAUUCAAUAGGAUUAUUGAAUAAUAGAAAUAAUUCAAUAAAGGAAAAAUGUAUUGCAUUCUAGCUACUUUUUCUUAGAUAGAAAUAAAUUUAUUACUUCUGUUACUGAAGACUCUUCAUGUUAUGUGUUUUAACCAAAGCUCACAUUGUUUUGUAGACUUUUGUAUUUAAAUUGUGUUUGCACAUUGUUUUGGUGGUUUGCAAGAAAUUGCUUGAAUGAAAAUUAAAUUCUAUAAUAAUCUGUAGUAACACCGUCGAACUUUCAUAGCAUUCAGGGGUGGCAGGCUUGCCAGUGAGAGGAAGUGUCAUCCUUCCAUCAGAAUGUGAGAUGUGCAGCAAUGCAGUGUGGCAUUUGAUUCUUAUCUAGUUAAGUGGAAGUGUGAAGUUAUAUAGUGCUGGAGAGGAAGUGCUAAAUCAAGUUCAAUACUUGUAAAAAUUGAAAAAUGCAUUUAUUUUUAUAUGUAUUUUAUUUCUGUAAAGUCACAGUACAUUUGUAGAAAAUCUUUAUUGUUUUAGAAAAUGGCUUAGUGCUUAAAAGGUAGGCAAAGUUAUACCUACAUCUUCUAUUGUAAAUUAAUUAUACACUUUGGGUAGUAAUAAUUAAGAAUUUUCAGUAAGAUUUUGAGGCUAGGAUAGUGUAGUUUUCACCUUAAUGAAAGGCCAAGUGAUCAAACUGGUCAUGCAUGUGAAGACAAUAAAGAAGUAAUGUUUAAGGAAUGUUCCUUUGAACCAUGUUGAGAAUGGCCUUAUUUCUAGGCUUAUCAACUUUCCUUUGUAAUUUGCCUUUCAGCAGUAUAUGUAAUUGAAAUUGUAAGAUUCUGUUCUCCAAAUUUAGCAUGCUGAGUUUGGGAUAUGGGUUUUAAUUUUUGUUUGGUUUUGGUAUUAUUCUCCAUUUCUCAUAACUGAGUCCAUCAAAAUUAAUACUAAAUAUGUAUGCAGUUUUAAAAUGUAAAAAUUGUAUGAUUUUUUGCACAGAAAAUAUGAUAUCCAGUGAGCCUUUCUAUUUGUUAAUAGAAGAUUUUAACUUUAAAUAAAUCUUGGGUACACUGCAUUUAUGCCCAUGUAAUAACUUCUGCAUUUUUUCCAAUGUGUUGUCAUCUCUUUGUUUUGAAAUCUCUGAACGCCCAAAAUGAAAAAGAAUAAAAGAGUAACUCUCA